CCGCGGUGGCUUCCUGCGCCUCUAUCUGCAUCCGGGUCUGUGGGAUUUGCGCCCCGCUGGCCGGCCGGGGUCGCUCGAGGGUGGUCGGGUGUUGGCUGUUCCCUCUGUUCCGGCGUCGGAGGAGUUGGUGGGUCAGCCGGUUUGAACUUCUUGUUCUGGAAGCUGUGCAUCACCAUAAUGAGGCUUGUAAUUCUUGAUAACUAUGACUUGGCUAGUGAAUGGGCAGCCAAAUACAUCUGUAAUCGCAUCAUCCAGUUCAAACCUGGACAGGACAGAUAUUUUACACUGGGUUUACCAACAGGGAGUACACCUUUAGGAUGCUAUAAAAAACUAAUAGAGUAUCAUAAGAAUGGACACCUUUCUUUUAAAUAUGUGAAGACCUUUAAUAUGGAUGAAUAUGUAGGUCUUCCGAGAAAUCAUCCUGAAAGCUACCAUUCUUAUAUGUGGAAUAAUUUUUUUAAGCAUAUUGAUAUAGAUCCUAAUAAUGCACAUAUCCUUGAUGGGAAUGCUGCAGAUUUACAAGCAGAAUGUGAUGCCUUUGAAAAGAAAAUAAAGGAAGCUGGAGGAAUAGAUCUUUUUGUUGGCGGAAUUGGUCCAGAUGGUCAUAUUGCCUUCAAUGAGCCGGGAUCCAGUUUAGUGUCAAGGACAAGAUUAAAGACUCUAGCAAUGGAUACCAUUUUGGCAAAUGCCAAAUAUUUUGAUGGAGAUUUAUCAAAAGUGCCAACUAUGGCUCUCACUGUUGGUGUGGGGACAGUGAUGGAUGCUAGAGAAGUAAUGAUCCUCAUAACAGGGGCACACAAGGCAUUUGCCCUGUACAAAGCAAUCGAAGAAGGAGUCAAUCACAUGUGGACUGUUUCCGCUUUCCAGCAGCAUCCUCGAACCAUUUUUGUAUGUGAUGAAGAUGCUACUUUAGAAUUAAGAGUUAAAACUGUGAAAUACUUUAAAGGUCUAAUGCAUGUGCACAAUAAACUUGUGGAUCCACUAUACAGUAUGAAAGAAGGAAAUUGAAGGAGAUUGGAGCAAAAUUCUGCUUGAAUGAACUGAGCACUUUUUUCUAAGUAGUAGAUGAAUUUUCAGCUAUGCAAUAUGGCAAAACUUGGGAAAUUUUGAAGACUGUCAUUUUUUCAUUCAUAUAUCUAUGUUAAACAUUCCAUAUUUUGAAUAUUUAUAUCUUGUACUACAAUUUAAGAAAAGUAGCUGGCUCUCAAGAUUGACUGGCUAUUUAUUGUAAAGUACUGAAGUCACAUAGCCACAUAUAAAACAGCAUAGAAAUGUCUUGCCUGUUUAAAAAGUCAUCUUAGAGGUAGAGUGUACACAUCAGGUAUCAUUUUGUGAUAUGACUCCAGUGGUGGCAUAUAUUUUCAUUUUUUUAAUGACAGGAACACACUCCAGAUCUUUCAGAUGGCAAACUCAUUGCAGAUCUUCACUUUUGGAAUGUGAUCUUUAUAUUUUCUGUGCAUUACACACAUGCUUUUCUGCACGUGGUUGCCUUAGUCAUCUUCCUACAGCACCAUCUAGACAUCAAAAAUUGUGCUAUAUAUUGUUGGUAAAGGAAAUUUGAAGAGAUGACAGUGCCUAAAAGUACAGUUUACAUCCUUUUGGAAAGUAUGUGUAAGUGCAUGUUUUUUGUGCACCUUCUUCUAUAGCACUUUUUUACAAAUAUCUUAUUUUUAUUUAUUGACUUGGGUUCAUAUCCCUAAUAUAAGUAUCUUGGCAGUUACGAGCUUUAUACCUACCAACCCACUUAAGGAAAUUCUUUUGAAGAAUAUUUUCUGAUUAUUGUUAAACUUAGUAUAUGAUUAGCUUUAUUCCUUAUAAAAUGUCUAAAUGGAUAUGAAGUAUGUAUAAAAGGAAUUACUGUAAACUUUAGAUUGCCAUAACAAUUUACAUAAAAGUAUAUUGUUUUCUAUCUUUAACUCAAAUAAAGUGUGUAAAAAGUUAUCUAAAUUU